AUGCCCGACGCGAGGUCGAUCUGCGGCGCCGCCCUGCUCUUCGGCUACGGCGUGCUGCUCGCGCGGUGGCGGCUGCAGGGCCUCCCAGUCGUGGACGAGGUGCGCCUGACGCAGCCCUGCCGGCCCUCUGCGCCGAGGCCCCGCGCCCGCCUCGCCGCGCAGAGCUCGGAGCCCCGGGCACGGCUCCCGGAGCUGGAGCCCAGGCCAGCGCAGACGACGAUCGAGGAAGUGAUCCAAGGCAUCGUCCGAAAGUCUAAGGCCGCGGGCCACAAGCAGCUCACGGGAGAAGAGUACGAGCAGCUCAAGGACGCAGUGCGCAGGCACGAGGAGAGCUCAUCUGGGGCGAGCCAGGGUGAAGUGCGCACCGCGCCGGGGGCAGCGGCGGGGCGCCCAGACGAGACGGAUGCCGCCUCUCCUCAGGCAUCCCUCCCUCCGGCGGGAGCGGACUCCGCGGCGCGCGGUGCGGACAAGGCGGCGGGGCACUUCCCGUGGGUGUACGUCUACGACUUGCCAGAUCGGUUCCGCGCGCAGGGGGUCGACAGGUGCUCCGAGGUGAACUGUGCUUUCGGCGGUCUGCCUCAAGCGGUGAUGGGCCCAAACGGGAGGCCGCUGGAGCUAUGGGCGACCAAGAGCUUCACGCUCCCAUGGAUGAUCUACUUUAGGCUGCUGAGUUCCCCUUGGCGCACACGCAACGUGAGCCAAGCCAGAGUCUUUUUUGUCCCAGCGUGGUCUCGCAAUGGUCUGGAGUGUGCUGGGGCGGAGGAAGUCUGGAAUGCGCUUCGCCGUGAGAACCCCCUUCUGGAAGCGCCUGGAUCCGGUGCACUCGAGAGGCGCCAUGUGCUUCUGGAUCCACGAAUGGACUUCGUAUGCACCUACAUGCGCGACAGAAAAUAUUUCAAGCGAUUUGUGAGGGUGAAUCUGCAGGUCCCUGCAGGAAGCGCGAAAGAUCCGAACUGGUAUGCGUUUCCGGUGCCCACCGUGUACCACGGGCUCGCAGCCGGAGCACCUGCGAGGACGCGCCCCCGCGGACGAGCGAGGUACUUGUGGUCCCACUCCUCUGGCCUGCAUGGCAAGGCGCAAAACCUCAGGAGGGCUCUAGGAUGGGAGUGCAGAUCGUCAAAGCUGGCCUGCGCCCCCUCCUUCUCGGUGCCGCAGGAGGACCCCGGAGACCCGAAGAGGACGUGGCUGUUCAAUGUCAAGGGGAUGGUGAAUGCGAUGCUCAGCUCCACCUUCUGCGCCCAGCCGCCCGGCGACACGCCCCUGCGAAAGGGCAUUGUGGACUCCAUCGUGUUCGGCUGCAUCCCUGUGCUGUUCGUGCCGCAGCAGCUGGUCAUCCCACAAGCGCACCUCACUGAAGAGGAGAUGUUGUCAAUGUGCGUGUACGUGCCAGAGGACAAAAUCACCGGGGCCAGGCUGGCGUCCAUUUACACGAAGGCCUGCAACCGUUCGCAGAACGAGGAGUGCCCCCAGACGCCCAGCGAGAACCUGGAGCCGAUCUUGGCGGCCAUCGGCGACGAGGAGAUCCGCGCCAAGCAGGACUCGAUGGCCGCCCUGGCCUACCGCGUCACGCUCCAGCUGUCGGACACCGGAGAGCAGGACUCCCUGCGGAUGAUGCUGGAGGCCGUGGCGGCGAAGGCGGACGCGGCCGGCGACGCCCCCUCGCGCCGCGCCUUCGCGCCGCAGCGGGCGGGCGGGGCAGAGGGCCUGGGCUUCUUGGAGGCGGACGCAGCCGGCGACGCCCUGUCGCGCCGGGUCCUCCCACCGCAGCGGGUGGGCGAGGAGGCGGAGAGCUCGGCCGCGCCCGAGCGCGACGACUUGGCACCCCUCGCCGAGCGCCAGGGAGACGCCAGGCACGCCAGCGGCGGCGAGGGAGCGGACAGCGGGCGACCUGCCGCGGCAGCGCGCGGGUGCGCCAGCUCGCCGGGGGACGGCGUCUGGGAUUACGAGGACGACCUGGCCGGGGACGCGGAGGCGUGCAGCUACUACGCCUGGCACAGCAAGCUUCGGGGUUCGCUCCACGAGAGCCUGGAGCGGGCGACCUCCCGGGGAGCGAUUCUGCGGGAGCAGUUUCUGAACUCCUUCAGCAGAGUGUGA